GGAUAAGCGAUGCCCACGUGCUGGCCCCGCACUGGCGAAAACAUCGAAAUUCAAUUGUCGUCUUUGUCGCCUCUUGUGGUCGUCUCGCUGUCAACUACUCAUUAAUCAAAGGGAAAUCUUGAAAAGAACUUUCUAUGUAGACGGACAAUCUCGCGAUGCACGGCUUAUGCUGUCUAUAGCGCCUGGAUGCGUCGAGGACAGCAACGUUUUGGGAAUAAAAUGAAGGUUUCUGAUAUCAAGAGGCCCGUUUAUCAAAGUCACGUCAUCCCGUGCAAAGGAUGAGGCGUUUAAAAGUUAAUAACACAUCAUUAGCAUCAGCAUCAGUCGCGGCCCAACAGCUCCCACGGACAACCCAGUUACGGAAUAGCCCGGGCAUAAACCUGAGCCUGAGCCCGAGCCCGAGCCCGUGCCCGUGCCUGAGACUCGUUCGGCUGCUCGCCGUUGUCACAGUGAUUGGAUUUCAGUUUCGUUCUGUCCUCUGCACAGCAGCCACCAGUGCAUCGACAUCAACGACCCUCAGCACACAGAAUACAAGCGCAGAAAACAAUUUCUAUUUUGAUGAGCAUAAUACCACUACCAAAUCGCUAUCAUUUCUUGCUGCGGACUCGGCAGCCGCAAUUCCCGACCUCUCACCGAUGCCAGCCGAGGCGAUACCGACCUUACCCACAGCCCGAGCACAGGUUGGACUAACUACGCUCACAAGCGAGACCUCGAUGAGAACUGCGCUUGACAGCGAUGCGAUCGGGAAUGGCACCACGGUUAAGAAUUAUAAUGCCGUUGAGCUCGGCUCCAUGGGUUUGGCGACGGCCGCAGCGGCCACGACCAAGAGCAUCAGAAGCACCAUUAAACAACCCAUCGAUGCCACACGCUCCAGGAACCACUGGACUGUUGGCGGCUCCGCCGAUGCGGAACGAUCGCGCACAUUUCGCAGCAAGUAUCAUCAUGAGAACCACUAUGGCCCGUUCUUCGAGGAGCCAUCGAACCUAGUCGAUCCGGGCAAGACUCUCGUCUCUGCAGUGCAUCUAUUUACCGAAGCUGUGCUCAACUGUCGCGUCGGCAUGCUCAAGGAUAAGACGGUGAUGUGGGUGAGGCGUACAACUGAGAAGGUGUCACUGCUUACCGUUGGAAAUGUCACAUAUAGCGGCGAUCCGCGCAUACGAGUCAAAUUUCAGUAUCCGAACAACUGGCGUCUGAUGAUUAACCCAACGCAAAGGGAAGAUGCCGGCAUCUAUAUGUGCCAGGUUUCAACGCAUCCGCCGCGUGUCUUCACCACCAACCUGACCGUAUUGGAGCCGCCGUUGAGGAUAAUCGAUGAGCAUGAACGCGAUGUGGGCGACAGAUAUUACAAGUCCGGCAGCACUGUGGAUCUGCAGUGUCAGAUAUCGCGGAAUUUCUAUCAAAAGGAGCGCCACAACAUACUCAAGUCCACGGAUUCCAACAAACUGAAUGAGACGGGCAGCGAACUAAAUCUGAUCGGCGAUGCGAACCAAACAUAUAGCACAUACUCGAGCCAGGAGCUGGAGAAAUACUUUACCAACUUCAUUGCAUGGGCCAAGGACGAGGAGCCGCUGCCAGCACUGACCAAUCGACGUUCUAGCGUAUCCGAUAAAUGGCUCAAUAGUCGAAUUUCCAUACCAGAUGCCAAACUCUCAGACAGCGGCAACUAUUCCUGUUCACUUGGCAGACUAUUUACUGUAAUUGUACAGGUUCAAGUACUUACGGGAGAAUUACCCGCCGCAGUCCAACACAAUUUAGCCCACAGAUUCGACAGCUGCUUCUCGCUCUCGUGGAGUCUCUUCAUCAUUGUUAUUUGUUUUCAAAAUAUCAGAUCGUCGAAUGCCUGAUGGGAAGGAAUUGGUACUCAGCAUCGGAUCAUUAACUAUAUAUAGUAAUAUAACAUACAGAUACGACUAAAACGAAAUACUUAAAUAGAGCAUUUCCAAUAAUUUCCAUAUGUGUAUGUGUAUGCAUCACGCUGUGUAACUGCUAAACUGACCGAUUUGUCCAACAAAUAUUCGUAUACAUACAAAUUAACAUUCAUAACAUACAUAAAUAUAUAUAUAUAUAUAUAUAGAGAGAGAGAGAGAGAGAGAGAGAGAGAGAGAGAAUUUUCUAUAUCAAUUUACACGACUUUCAUUGAUAUUCUUCUUAAUAAAAUAAAGUCGACAACUUGUUUAAUAAAAUUCGGAAUAUCAGUUUAAGUACUCCCCCAAGAACUAGCCCAACAUUUAUAUAUACAUAUAUUAAUGUAUACAUAUGUUUUAUGUAAACAACAAAAAAUCAAAUAAAAUUUGUUAAUCUGUUUCGUUUUGAGUGUAAGUACAAGUUCAACUUUCACUUACAUAAGUUAUUGACAUUUAAUUGUGUAUUUUGGCAAUUAGUAUGUUUGUAAAUAUUGUAAAAUGGCAGACGUUAGAAUUUCUACCUUAUCUGAAAUGUAAACCUCCUAAACAUAUAAUCAUUUUUUUUGUAUCCCCCCCC